GUGUUUGUGGUCUACCGUAGGGGGCGCGGUUGGCCUGCUGACAUGUGACCAUGCAGGAAGUAGCAUCCCGACACACAACAACAAGAGCACAGCGCUCACAAUACUACUGCCGAUCCGGGAGGUUGUAAAGCAUUACCAGUGUAUUCGAUGAUGGAGGACAACGAGGAACAUAACCCAGUUACGACUACAUCAAAUGAAAACGACGCAAAGCAAAGCUUCAGGCUCCAUAUGGUCACAUGGAACGUGGCCACGGCGGACCCCGUGGACGACCUGGCCUCGCUGCUCCAGCUUGGCUCCCCCAGGAGCCCAGAUCUCUACGUGAUCGGUCUCCAGGAGGUGUACUCUGGUCCUGUGCGGUUGGUGGCUGACCUGGCGUUUGAUGACGGGUGGAGCCGUCAGUUCAUGACCACGCUGGCUCCCCUGGGGUACCUCAAGGUGUCGUCCAUCAGAAUGCAGGGUCUGCUCAUACUGGUCUUCUCCAAACUGGACCAUGUCCCCUUCAUCAGAGACAUCCAGUCCACAUUCACCCGCACUGGCAUCUUUGGCUACUGGGGUAACAAAGGGGGAGUGUCUGUACGGCUGUCCUUCUACGGCCACAGUCUGUGUUUCCUCAACUGUCACCUGGCGGCCCACAUGCAGAACGCCACAGAGCGCCUGGACGAGUUUGAGCACAUCCUGGACACGCAGACCUUCGAGUCCCCCCAGGCACCAUCCAUCCUGGACCACAGGCUGGUAUUCUGGUUUGGGGAUCUCAACUUCCGCAUCCAGGACCAUGGCAUGCACUUUGUGCGCUCCUGUAUUGAGAACCAAACCUACCAGCUGCUCUGGAGCAAGGAACAGUUGACCAUGAUGAAGAAGAAGGAGCCAAUCCUGCAGGAGUUUGAGGAAGGCCCUUUGGACUUCCAGCCCACUUACAAGUUUGACCGUAACUCUCACGUCUACGAUAGCAGCGGCAAGAAGCGCAAGCCAGCCUGGACCGACAGGAUCUUGUGGAGGCUCCGGCCCCAAGGGGGCAAGGACCAGGACCUGGAGCUCCCUCUGAAGAUCAGACAGGAGUCGUACAACAGUGACAUGACGUACAGCAUCAGCGACCACAAGCCGGUGGUGGGCCUCUUCACCCUGGAGCUGAAAAAGCGACAGCAGACCCCUCUGGUGCAGCUGUAUCCAGAGGGCGACUGGAGCGCCGACAUGGACGCCAUGGUGGUCUAUUCCACACUGCAGGACUUCCCCUCCAGCCACUGGGACUGGGUCGGACUCUUCAAGGUUGGGUUCUCGUGCGUCUCGGACUACAUCACCUACGCCUGGGUGAAGGACGACGAGGUGGCCUCCAGCGAGGAGCUGGUGCGGGUUUAUGUCAGCAAGUGGGAGAUCCCGGUGUUGGGAGGAGAGUGUGUGCUGUGCUACUUCAGCAGUGCUCUGCAUUGCAUCAUCGGAAUCAGUCAGCCGUUCAAGGUCCAAAUGUCCCAGGUGGCUGUGGAAGAAGGCCUGGUGGCCGAGACCGGGCUGCCGAGGCCUUAGCACCACGACGGGCCCACGGAAGAUGGGAGCCACACACGCCACGCUGCAGUCUGAAAAAUACUUCUUGAGGGCGGUCUCAGACUGGUGUCAACUCAUCGCAGAACUAGAUUUAAAUGUACACCUUAAAUCUUUGUUGAUCUGCAUGGGAGGAGAAGGGUUCUGUGAGUCUGGUGUAUGUUCCCGUAGUUGCAUCUAUAGUGUAAGAUUGCAGGACAUUAUGAAUGUCCUGCACUGUUCAAAGUGCAUCUAGAGAGCCUUACUGAAACAUUGUUUUAUCAAUUUUUUAAGGAUUUGUAUAAGCAUCCCUUUAAUCAGGAUACACACAGGGUCCGUCACAUGUUUUAUUCUUUAUCGAGUGGUUAUGCUAUA